AUGAUCAGACGUCCACCGUCGAUCAUCUCGUUGGGGGAUGAGGAGCUUCAAUAUCAUUUGCACCGCAUCUAUCUCCGUUCUCUAUCCACCGAUCUUGACCGCCUACACCUGGAUGACCCAGAUCAAAAGUACGAUGGGGAUGAUCUGCUCGACUCGAGCUUUGCAGAUAAAUCAGAAGAGGAUACGAAUAUUAUACAAAACCGCGAGGAAGUUCACGGGCCACCCUGUGUUGGAACGCGUUCGGUACCAGGCGUCAUCACAACAAGCCCAGUGGAAGAAUCUGCUUUGACAGAGUCCCACCAAAUAGUGGACACCAUCAAUGUCCCCGCUGCUCGGUUGAGAUCCUCGCUCCCCUCGCAGAAUCCUCGUCUCAUAAUCACUGGGACUGCCUUACAUGAUCAAGGGAAAAGUGCGAUUCAUCCAUCUGGAAAGGAAGAAUAUCACCUACGAAAGUCUCUCCAAGCAUGGUCCACCACUGAAAACGACGAGCAUUCGCGGCUUCCCACUGUUCAGGUUUCCCGCGAGUCGCCCGCCGCCUUUCCGGAGAUGGUUUCCAAGACCGUUCCACUCCGGGGCCUAAGCUUAGCGUCUACUACACGGUCUGACGAAGCAGGCUUGGCCAGCUCUACAGCGUCGACCGCUAUUGCAGUGGAUACCCAGCACAAGCAAGAUACUAGUCACUAUUCAACUGCCGAAGAGCCCAGUACGGAUCGUGAUUGUGUUUGUUAG